CUUUUCGGCUUCGCUCCUGCCUGCUGCGGCGGCGCACUUGCAUUACCUAAACCAAGCAAAGCAAACCCAAGCCACCCUAUCCCCACCGCCACCUCUUCAUAUACAUAUGCUUGUGUGUCUUUGUCUCUUUUUACGGUCAAAACCCCUUCUGUCUCUUUUUAGCCUGGAAGAGGAAAGAUUUGAUCUUUCUUCCUUACCAGUUGUUUAAUUUCUGUUCUAUUCCAUUGCUUGUAAGCCAGGGACUGUCUGGCAAGCAGGUGUAAAUGGCUCUGGUGAACAGAAACUUUGCCCAUAUGGGUCCAACUCCUAUUUUGAGGAGUGAUUUGUUAAUUGGAUACACAGAACAGAACUCGUUGAUGAUGGAGAAGAGGCAGUUGUUCCUGAGAAGCUAUCAGUUCUGCAGAAAAAAGAGUCUGACAGAAAGAAUCAAGAGAUCUUUGGUCAGAGUGAAGAAAGUGAUAUGGCUGAGACUACGAUCUGCUCGUAAACUUCGAAGGUUGGUGUGGUCUAGACUUCGUAGUGCGUUCUAUUGUCGCCGCAGAAGAAGUUUUCUCCGUCUCCGUAGUCCCAAUCACCAUUGCUACUAUUCUACUUCUUCUUCUUCUUCUUCAUCAUCCUGUUUCUGGUAGGAAUGCUCUAGUUUCUCACUUUCUUUCUUCUCUCUGUCUGCAAUAUUAUGUCUAGCCAAGAAACGCUUAAAAUCUUAAUUUAGAUUGAAUAGCAGGUUUUUAUAUAAACUUGUUUGCUAUAUGUGAGAUGUUCCAAUUCCAAACCUCUCCAAUUCUAUCUUCUAUCAAGAAAUUCUCAAUGUUACCAGACACAGUUUCUUAGUUUCAUGUAAUUUCAAGUUCAAUCAAGUCAUGAAUCUGUCAUCAAAACUAGUGGUAGUUGUUGGAGGCCCCAAGAAAAUGCUGUAAACGUGCAUGAAUUUCUUUAUUAUCAUUAUCAGUUUCCAGAA